GCCAUAUUUCAGCCGUGUUAGUCCAAGACCUGCAUCCUUUGUAAGCAAGCAGCGCCAACAUGGAUACAACUAAAGCAUCGCUGUUUGACUGGUACUGCGGUGCCAAUGCCACAGAGAAUCUUGCCAGCUUCACCUUUGACCUGAACCACACCCUGUACAAUGCCUGCUUUGUGGACCUCGUCUACAUCUUACCACACCUCAUCUUCAUCUUGCUGGGCAUCCUGGUGCUCUUUGUUCUAAGAUGCUGCACCAGCAUCCGCAAGGAGCAACACCCUUACCUCGUCCAGUUCCCCGGCCACAACAUCCGCUGGGUUCUCAACUUCGUCCUCCUUACUCUAACUGUAUGCGAGCUUGGAGAGGGCAUCCUAACAGACAUUGACGUCUACCAAGACACGUCCACCAUCCCCCGCCUCUACGUCCCUGCCCUCCUCUCCCUAACCGCAGCCCUCUUGACAAUGAUCUACUACAACCAGAUGGAGUUGUGGAGCAGACCGCACAUGUCCUGGCUCCUCCUGCUCUACUGGCUGACCGCACUCGGAGUGGAGAUCAUCCGGUUCCUCAAUCUGAACCAUGAUGAAGAUGUCAACAAUUCAAUCUUCCGAUAUGAUCUUAAUAUUGCUGCCGUCGUCAUGUACUUCCUCUAUCUGAUGCUGGAAGUUUGGGUUAUCAUAUCAAAGAUCUGCAAGUGUUGCUGUGAGGAGGAGGAGUUUCCUGAAGACCUGAAGAAGGAGGACAUGAACUAUCUACAAGGCUACACCAGCCUGCUGUCCUCAGCAUUCUACUGGUGGCUCAACUGGAUCUUCAAGAAAGGUUUCAAGCAAGCCUUGGAGCUAACUGACCUGGGCAGUCUGUCUGAGGUCCACACCACGCAGUAUCAGAGGGAUGCCUUCACUAGGGCACUCAAGAAAGAACAGGCCCGAGCCAAAGCCAACGAGACAUCCCUCAGUCUGUAUCGUGUCUACGCCCGAGCCUUUGGCUUCCGUAUCAUGAUUGGUGGCUUCGUCAAGUUUGCCGGUGACGCAGCCACCUUCGUACCGCCCCUCGCUCUCGCAGCAGCCAUCAGAUACGUCACCACUCUCUACUAUCAGCACGGGGAGGGUAGUCUCAUCGAUCAGACCAAGUACGUCUCAGUGACAGAUUUCUUGAGUAACGGCUUUGUGUUGAUCAUCAUCAUGUUCUGGGCCAACAUCAUCAAGCUGUUAUCCCAGCAAGGCCACUAUCACAUUGUCAUCACUGAGUCUGCUCACAUCAAGGCAUCGCUACAGGCGGCAAUAUACGACAAAUCGCUACGUCUCUCCAGUUACACGAUGACAGGGGGCGAUAUGACCAUGGGCCAGAUCACCAAUCAUAUGUCGGUCGACACUUCCAAUGUUAUGAACUCGACGCAAUGGGUCCACUAUGUCUGGUCCGUACCAUUUGUGAUCAUCGGCUACAUGGUGAUUCUAUACUUUGAGCUUGGAGUGGCUGCCCUGAUUGGCUGUAUAGUCUUCUUCGUUACCGUACCGAUCCAGGUCGUCAUAGCGAGGAAGACUGCCAAAUACCAGAAAGCAAUUAUGGAAAAAUCUGACGAGCGUCUGAAGCGAACCAAUGAGUUGCUGCAAGGAAUUAAGCUGAUCAAGCUGUAUGGGUGGGAAGACAUGUUCUAUACCUCCAUCAGCAAAGUACGAGCCUUGGAGAUCUUGGCUAUGAUGAAGGCGAUGGGCUGGAGGAUUCUGCUCAUGACUGUCACUAAUGCCAGCCCUCUGAUGGUCACACUUGUGUCCUAUGGCCUGUACACCAAACUGUCGGGCAAGCCCUUGACGUCGGACGUUGCGUUUGCUGCCCUCGCUGUCUUCAACCAAAUGGCGCUACCGCUCAUCAUCAUGCCUAACGUCCUUGUCGUGCACAUCAACGCCAUGGUCAGCACCAAGCGCCUGAGGGCGUUCUUCGAGGCGCUGGAGAUUGAGAAAUUGGAAUCGGAUGAGGAGGGUACAGAGAGUGAAGUUGGCCGAGGACUCAUCAAUGAAGGGGUUGCCAUGCGUCAGCCGAAACGACAGAGAGCAGAGGACAGACAGCGAUUGCUGACAUCAUCUGAUGAAGAGGACAGGAUGUAUGACAAUCCCAGCUUACCAGAUAAUAUUGCCAGCUUACCAGAUAAUAUUGCAAUAAGGAUCAGAGGUGAUUAUACAUGGGACCAGACUGCAAGUACGCCAACCCUCAAAAAUAUCGAUUUGGAUAUCCCAGCUGGCAAGUUGACUAUGGUAGUGGGUCAGGUAGGAUCAGGAAAGUCUUCCUUACUGUCUGCUAUCCUGGGAGAGAUGACUACAGUCUCAGGAAGAGUCCAAUGGAACAGGCAGUAUGAUUCCGUCGCUUAUGGAGCUCAGAAGGCCUGGCUGUUAAAUGCUUCCCUCAAAGAGAACAUUCUUUUUGGAAACAAACUUGAAGAAGACAGGUACAAGAAGGUCAUCGCUGCUUGCUCCCUGCAGCCAGAUAUUGACAUCCUCCCAGGAGGAGAUGAAACAGAGAUUGGUGAGAAGGGAAUCAAUCUGAGUGGAGGACAGAAGCAACGAGUCAGCGUGGGUCGCACCAUGUACAGCCACAACAAUGUCGUCAUUCUGGAUGAUCCCUUGUCCGCCUUGGACAUGCACGUUGGCAGUCAUCUCUUCAAGGAAGGCAUUGAGGACUACUUGAUGAGGAAGAGUAAAUGCACAGUCGUCUUGGUUACUCAUCAGUUGCAGUAUGCUGACAAGGCUGAUAAGAUUGUGUACAUGAAAGACGGUGUGAUCCGUCACCAGGGAACGCUAGAAGACAUUCGAGAGGAGAACCCAGAGCUUGUAGCCAACUGGUCAGCCACGGCCAACGAAGCCGAGGAAUCAGAAUCAGAAGGUGAAGACGUAAAAGAAGAGAGAGCCAAGCUGGUCCGUCAAGUCUCCACUAUCAUGGAGGAAGAGAAGAAGGCAGGGCUAGCCAGAGCGGAUUCAACACAAGCUGGUCGUCUGGUUGAGAAGGAAGAACGAGCUGAAGGCUCUGUCUCCUGGCGAAUCUAUCUGGUCUACAUCAAACACCUGGGCUUUGGGGUCUUCUUUCUUCAACUCCUACUGCUUCUGGGCAAGAACGGCCUGGGUGUGGGCACCAACUACUGGCUGGCGGGGUGGUCGGAACAUGGGAAUAAUCUCAACACGUCCCUGAAUGGAUCAGAGGAUGCUUUACUUGGCUACUACCUGGGAGGCUAUGCAGGCCUGUCUGUAGGCAGUAUCCUAGUUGAAGCUGGUUCCUUCACGGUGAUAUACAUUGGAUCUCUCUUUGCAGCAAAGAAGCUUCAUAACAGCAUGCUCAAUACCGUCAUGAGUGCACCGCUUAGGUUCUUUGACACUACCCCAAUUGGGCGCAUUCUCAAUCGGUUCUCCUCUGACAUGUCGGUCAUUGACUCGCAACUUGGAGGGACUCUGAAUGGUUUCUUGAUGUUUUCGAUGAGCUGCCUAGUGGCUGUGCUGGUGGACGCUAUCGUGACCUGGUACUUCGUCGUCGCGUUGAUCCCCAUCGUGUGCUUUUACCUCCUAUUGGUGAAGGUCUUCAUUACAACAUCCAGGGAGUUGCAGCGUCUUGACAGCAUCAAUAAGUCUCCAGUCUAUGCACACUUCUCUGAAUCUCUGGGAGGAUUGUCAACCAUCAGAGCCUACAGGCAGCAGCAUCGCUUCCAGAAACUCAUCAUCCAAAAGAUUGAGUUGAGUAACCUGACUUUCCUGUACAUAAACACAGGGAAUAGGUGGUUGGGGACCAGACUGGAACUCAUUGGAGCAGCCAUCGUGUUAUUUGCCGGUCUUGCAACCAUGAUCUCGGCCCUCUCAGGUGGCCUCCAGCCUAGCUUGGUGGGACUAGCAAUAACAUACGCUCUCAGUAUUUCGAGCCAGUUGAACUGGGUGAUCCGUAUGUCAGCUAGCCUGGAGAUGCAGAUGAAUGCCAUGGAACGAGUGGAGUACUACAAGUCUGUCAAGAAAGAGGAGUAUGACGGUGUAAUUGAGCCACACCAUGAUUGGCCAGAUCAGGGUGAGAUUGUCUACAAGGGUGUCUCAGCCCGAUAUGCUUCAGAUCUUGAUCCUGUGCUCCAUGGUAUUGAUAUCCACUUCAAGGCAGGAGAAAAGAUCGGGAUUUGUGGUCGGACUGGAAGCGGUAAAUCAUCGCUGACCCUGACCCUCUUUAGGAUCAUCCAGACAUUUAAAGGGCAAAUCUUGAUAGACGGGGUGAAUAUUGCCCAUCUGCCGUUGGUUGAAGUCAGACGUCGUCUGGCCAUCAUUCCACAGGACCCUGUACUCUUCACUGGAACCAUCAGGUUUAACCUUGAUGCUCAGGGCGAGCAUGAAGAUGAUGCAUUAUGGGAAGCCCUGGAGAUUGCACAACUGAAAGAUGUGGUGUCUGAGCUCGACCUCAAACUGGAUGCCAUGGUAACGGAGGGAGGUGAGAAUUUCAGCGUGGGUCAGAGGCAGCUGUUUUGCUUGGCUCGUGCCUUCUUGAGGAAGACUCGCAUCCUGGUCAUGGAUGAGGCAACCGCCUCCAUCGACUUGGAAACUGAUGCCAUUCUUCAAGACGUUGUAGCCUGUGCCUUCAAGGAGAGGACUGUACUCACCAUAGCUCAUCGUGUGCAAACCAUCCUGGACUCAGACCACAUCUUGGUUCUGCAUGAGGGCAGAAUUGCAGAAUAUGACACGCCACAGAAUCUACUAGCCCAGGAAGACAGUAUCUUUGCUUCCCUGGUGAAGGCCGGAACUUAAGAAGGUGGUCUGCAUCGUGAAGAUGGUCCUCAAGACAUUGGUCAUCGCUUUAGCGCUAAUGCUUUCUUAGUUGUAGAAAAUAAGGACGGAUAGCACAUUUUGUGCUUUGCAUGCUGCAGAGGACUGUGUUCAGGGUAUCAAAUUCUGAAAAUAAUCAAUUUGGAGAUGUGUGCUUUAAUUUGGAGAAGACCAAAUAAUGUUUCAAUUUCUUGCCGAUGGUUUAGACUUAUCCAACAAUCAAAGAAGACAUUAUUGAGAUGGUAAUAUGAAAGAAAAGUUUAUAUUACUCUUUUCAUGUUAAAAAGCUAUGUUAUAUUAUGUUUUUUUCAUGGUGUUCGUAAGCGCAUUACUUGUGCACAGGCUGUACGUAUAAACUUGGUGCUUCUGCAACCAAAAGGUUUUUUUUUUAAUUAUGUGCGCAACUCCAAUUAAGAAUCAAGUUGCUAUAGUUUCUUUGAACGUAACAAAAGUAUCGAUGAGUUUUCCUAAAUUUGUCUGAGCUUCUUGUGGGGCACACAGCUAACCCAAACCUUUUUUUUUAUAUUCAUCGAUGAAUUGGACAAAUUGAUGUAAAAGGUCUGCUCAAGGACACAAGCUUCACGCUUCACAGUCGUUUGAAACACUUUGAUGUCUCAUAAGAACACAAUGUGUAGCGAGGCUCUGGACUGCCAAAAGGUUUUUAUUUAGGGGAAAAGCAGCUAAUGAAUAUAAAAAUCAAUUUUAGUUUUGUUGGUAGCAGUAGUGAUGUUUCUAAAACACAACUAGAGGUAUAUGUCUGUUUAAGAACAGAACGUAGGGCUUUACUGCAUUAUGAAUUUUUUAUGAGUUUAUGUUUUUUGGGGCGAUGUGCAGGCUUUUAAAUGAUAAUUGCAUUAAAUGCAUUUAAUGUCAAAGUUAGCUGCUAGCAACAAAAAUAUAAAAGUAUAAACAUUUAUUAAUAAUCAGUUGAUGACAUCGUCAUUUUGAAAUUUGCAUACUUGCAACAUUACCUACCUUCCUACCAAGUUUCAUGACGCCCGAACCUACCUUUAUGUGUUUUUAAAAACCGUGUUAUUGAUGUCAUCAUGAUGACAUACAUUUUUACAUUGUCCAAAUACAUAUGACCUAAUAAGUCUAGUACAAAAAGAAUGUCAAGUGUAGCAUGUUGCGUUUGUGAGAUACGGCUAUGAACAAAAUGUCAAAAAUCCAUACAAAAUCAUAUGAUGACGUCAUCAUGACGUCACCACAAUAUUCAUCUAUAAACAUCCCGGUAUGUGUUCAUACAGAGUUUCAACCCAACCUUGUACUUCUGUGGAUAAAGGCCAUUGAAAAAUGCACCUUUAAGAUGAUGUCACAUGACACAUGAUGACACAACUUUGCUAUAGGGACUAAUGUCUAUGCUACUUCUAAAUGAUGCAUGACAAAGAUGAAUGCCCAAAUUGGAUGGGAGACAAAUCGUGCACAGAGCCUAUGGGAUUUGGGAUUGAACAAAAAGAACAAAGAAAAAAAUCAGAACAAACACAAAGGCUUUUCUGCAACUUUGCAAAAAAGCCAAUUAUUUUUAAUUUACGUUAGUUGACUUGCAUGCUGGUGAAUUUGUAGGUCUUGAAAUUAAUCAAUAUUGUGUGCGUUUUUGUAUAUAUUUUUAUAUUUUGGGUUUCUUUUUGCUUUUGUUAAGCAAUGCCCUUCUAAAGAGCAGUCGAAAUAACUGACAUGAUUAGGUGUCACAUAUAGACUA